CCAGGAGGAAUCUGUCCCUGUCCACAGCUCAGCCCGCCACCUUCUCCACUACCCUUCUACCAUGGCCACCCACCGCCUCGUGAUGGUUCGGCAUGGUGAGAGCAGCUGGAACCAGGAGAACCGCUUUUGUGGCUGGUUUGAUGCCGAGCUGAGCGAGAAGGGAACUGAGGAGGCCAAGAUGGGGGCCAAGGCCAUCAAGGACGCCAAGAUGGAGUUUGACAUCUGUUACACAUCAGUGCUGAAGCGGGCCAUCCGGACCCUCUGGACCAUCCUCGACGGCACUGACCAGAUGUGGCUACCUGUGGUCCGUACCUGGCGCCUCAAUGAGCGGCACUACGGGGGCCUCACGGGCCUCAACAAGGCGGAGACAGCAGCCAAGCAUGGUGAAGAGCAAGUGAAAGUCUGGAGGCGGUCCUUCGACAUCCCGCCACCCCCCAUGGAUGAUAAGCACCCCUACUACAAUGUCAUCAGCAAGGAGCGUCGCUACGCAAACCUGAAGCCAGGCGAGCUGCCAACCUGCGAGAGCCUCAAGGACACCAUCGCCCGGGCCCUGCCCUUCUGGAACCAGGAGAUUGUCCCUCAAAUAAAGGCUGGCAAGAGAGUCCUCAUCGCUGCCCAUGGAAAUAGCCUGCGGGGCAUCGUCAAGCACCUGGAAGGGAUGUCAGACCAGGCCAUCAUGGACCUGAACCUGCCCACGGGGAUCCCCAUCGUGUACGAGCUGGACCAGGCAUUGAAGCCCACCAAGCCCAUGAGGUUCCUGGGGGACGAAGAGACGGUGCGGAAAGCCAUGGAGGCAGUGGCUGCUCAGGGAAAGGCUAAGUGAGGGGUGGGCUCCAGCAAAUAAAGACCUUCUCCCAACUGUC